GCAGCCCGUGUAUUUGUCAUAAUGUCAAAAGUGCGAAGAUUUGCACAGGUGCAUAGAUAGAUAUAUUAGAGGUUCCUAAAAAACAACAACAUGGGACAGUGUAAAAUGUCGACGGCGACCAUGGUAACGUACAAACUCGUGCUCGGGAACUCCUCAGGUUCAGUUCUCUUUCACCAAAAUCUGUGACCCAUAAGGGAAUUGUAUUUUUGUUAUCAUACUCUUGUCUCAUACAAUGACAUUCGCAGCCAGUUUGUUGAAUUAGUAGUGCAUUCAUUUAAUACUAAAGAGCAUCUUGUGGUUAAUCGGUUACACAGUCUAUGGUUCAAUCAGUGCGAGUCACUGUGUGUGUUUUUCUUAAGGGAUAAAUAAUUUGGUUUAUUUUGAGAAUUUGGUUUUGGAGGGGACUGUCCAUUGAUGUUUAAACCUAAAACUACUCUUUCGACCUGUAACUAUUAAUCUUCACUUGGACAUAUUAUCCCGCAUGAGAAGCACAAGAGAAGAGGUUAUUCUCUUAAUAUUAACAUAAAUAAACAAGGUGUUAAGGCAAUUUGAACAUCUCUGUUAUUGCCUUGCCUGAUCUUCACUUAUAUUUUCUCAGAUGAAAAAUAAAGGUUUUGUCAUGGCCUAUAAUAAACUACACUAACACAUGUAUUUAAUAUGUUUAUUUUUGACUUUACCAAUUGUGGCUGUAAGGGUAGGUGAUAUUGAUAAAAUCAGUUAUAAUGUACGUUAUGUCAAAAAACAAUUCCUGGCAUACUUAUAGACAACAAGACUUGUCACCAGCAUGAACAUGAAUUCAGUGCAAACUAGUUAUACUGUAGGUUUUGUAAUCUUUGAACUAGUAUGAAUGGCUCCAAAGUCUACUCAGUGAGAUACUACUCUUUCUCUUCGCCCAGUCCUGGGGGACAGAAAUAAACAACUACAGGGACUGAUGCACAGCUGGGUGGUCAGGGCCCAGGGUCUGAUGGGUCCUGUGGUCUAUUUUAAAUCAAUCAUUACACACAGGGUAAACAACUCCAGUAAGUCUCUGGUCAUAUUUCCGUACGCUGCCUGACUGCUGAGCUGGAGUCUACAAUACAGGCUUCAACAGAAAUCCACAGGCUUUAUAUCCCAUUUACAACCUUUGCAGGCAAUUACUGCUCAGAGCAAGUGAACUCUCCAUGGCCCGUGUUCUUUCCCUGUUUCGGCAUCAGCCUUUUCUGGUUCACGUGGGCAGGCGAAAACCUGCGUUGUGCAAAAUGUCAAUGGACUCCAGGGCACGCAUGGUGUUUGCAGCUGCAGUGGAAGCUGUGCAGCCAGACACAGUGGUCCGACAGAGUAUAGAGCGCAAGCAGGACUCGGUCAUUAUCAAUGGUCACACAUUUACACUCAAAAACAACCUGCAUUUGGUGGGCUUCGGAAAAGCUGUACUGGGUAUGGCUGCAGAGGCAGAGAGGAUUUUGGGGGAUCAUUUAGUCAAAGGAGUAGUAAGCGUGCCACAUGGGAUUCAGCAGACAUUGCAGCAGAACGGAAAAGACCACCUGUUGUUAAAAGAAAACAGUCGCAUCAGAGUCAUGGAGGGAGCUAAACACAACUUGCCUGAUACUGAUGCCCAGAAGGCCGCUGAAGUAAUCAAGCAAUUAGCCAGUGAACUGACGGAGGAAGACCUGCUACUUGUACUGAUAUCAGGUGGAGGUUCAGCGCUAUUACCUGCACCCAUUCCACCAAUCUCGUUGCAAGAGAAACAGGAUGUUACCCGCAAACUUGCAGGUGCUGGUGCCACUAUUCAAGAGCUGAACACUGUGCGACGCGCCCUGUCUUUGUUGAAGGGCGGAAGACUUGCGCAUUAUGCUCACCCUGCCCAGGUAGUUUCACUGAUACUGUCAGAUGUUAUUGGGGACCCUCUGGACUUGAUUGCCAGCGGCCCCACAGUGUCAAGUGAGGUGUGGCCUGAAGAAGUUGUAUCAGUCCUUGAACGUUACAAGCUGUUGAACUCGCUUCCAGCCUCAGUAAAGGAGGUCCUUGAGAGACCAAGUCCAAGUAGGAGCCAUAAAACAGAUGAAUCCAGCAGAUCAGGGCGUGUUCUCAACGCCGUCAUUGGAUCCAACAGCGUUGCCCUCAAGUCGGCAGGUCGCCGUGCUCUAGAGUUAGGUUUCCGCCCUCUUGUGCUGGCACCAGGAGUGUGUGGUGAUGUGAGGGCAGUCUCCAAACUCUACGGCCUUCUGGCCCGCUUUGCAUGUUCUCGAGAGGAACCUCCUCCAGAGAUUGCUGCUGAGCUGCUGAAGCUGGGACCUGAAGUAGGAGUGGAGAGCUGGGACCUCUGCCGUACCAUGCAGGUUCUGGGUGAAGGACGUACAGAAGGAUGGGGAUCCACGUGUCUGUUAGCCGGAGGUGAGCCCACCGUGGAGCUGACAGGCAAGGGUCGAGGUGGUCGUAACCAGGAGCUGGCUCUGCGAGUGGGACUGGAGCUGAGAGGCAUGCAGCUCCCGCCUACCGGCCCUGUCUUCCUGAGCGGUGGAACUGAUGGUCAGGAUGGACCCACUGAUGCAGCGGGGGCCAUCACGGAUGGGGGGUUGUACGAAGAGGCACAAGCACAGGCACUGGACGUCAACAACUUCCUCACCAACAAUGAUUCUUACACGUUUUUUUCACGUCUUUCUGCUGGGCAGCACUUACUUGUACCUGGCUUAACCUGCACCAAUGUGAUGGAUGUGCACAUGCUGCUAAUUCCACCAAUCCCUAUUAACAUAGGAUAAAGCUCACAAAAUAAGAGGAUCUAGUUCUAGGGAAUAAAUCAAAUAAAUAAAGUAAUUUACCAGUCUA